AAGCGGUGGGAGAGGCGGGGUGGGCCGACGGCGGCGACUACGUCGAUCACGUGACCGCGCCUCUCGGCGUUAUUCGGUGCUGCCGACGCCGACGUUCCUCAGUCUGCGCUCCCCGCUCAGCUUCGCGUUCUUCUCUCUGUCUCCCGUCUCGGCCCGCUCCUGUCAUGGCGUCUCGGUACAGCUGGGGGUUGCUCCUGGCGGCGGCCCUGCUGGGAUUUUUACAAGCAUCUUCAGCGUUUGAAGUAAGAGAUGGGAAAAACAAAACCUGCAUAUUAGCCAAUUUUUCUGUGCUAUUUACAGUGGAAUACAACACAAAAACCAGUAAAGAGGUCAAGGUCUUUUCACUUCCUUCUAAUGCUGUGGUACUGCCAGAAAGCACAUGUGGCAAGCCAAACGACACUUCAGAAGUUCUUGCAAUUGGAUUUAGCAACAAUAACUCAUUAAAGAUGGCAUUUGUAAGAAAUGCAGGCGCCUACGUUGUCAGGAGUCUGACUUUCACCUACAACUUGUCAGAUGCCAGCCUUUUCCCCAACUCAAGUGAAACUGGAGCAAGAAAUGUGUCCAAAGACACCGAUAUUCGAGCAGACUUAAGGACAACAUAUACAUGUCACAGCAACAACACCAUAAUAAGCAUGCAAAAUGUGACUGUCCUUCUCAGCAACGUUACGCUUGAAGCAUACCUUGUAAACAACACUUUCAGUGGAAAAGAAACUGUCUGUAGUGAAGACAAAGGGUCUACAACCGUCGUUCCCUCAACUACAAGUGUGGCACCAACUGCAGCACCAACUGCAGCCCCCAAAACUCCAGACGUUGGACGAUACAAUUUGACUGGCUGUUUGCUUGCUUCUAUGGGCCUGCAGCUUAAUAUUACCUACACCACCAAAAACCAGACUAAGAAGUGGGAAUUGUUGAAUCUUCCAGCAAAUACAACUUUCUCUGGGAAUUGUGGAGACUCUACAGUUACUCUGAACUUGACUUCUGGGAGCACUGACCUGGUUUUUUAUUUUGAGCAGAACUCAACCACUGACAAGUAUUUUCUGCACCGUAUCUCUGUGAGCACAAGUCUGCCUCCUGAAUCUAUAAAAAGAACAUUUAAAGCUGACAACGAUAGCCUGAGUGCUCUCAAAGCAACAGUUGGGAAAUCGUACAAGUGUUUUUCAGAAGAGAGUAUUUGGAUCUCGAAUGAAACUUCUCUCAAUAUAUUCAAUGCUCAAGUCCAGGCUUUCAAGAUCACAGGAAACACAUUUGGAACACCGGAAGAAUGCCCAAUGGAUGAAAACAAUAUGUUGAUCCCAAUCAUAGUUGGUGCAGCCCUUGCUGGACUUGUCCUUAUAGUGUUGAUUGCAUAUUUAAUUGGCAGAAAACGUAGCCAUGCUGGCUAUCAAACAAUUUAAUGAUUUGCACUUCCUUAAACCAGUGUGGGAGAACAGCAGUUGCAAGAAGCAGAUACAUCGAUUUCCCCCCAUUUCCCAUCUUCCCCUCAAAUAGAUUGAUAUGAGGGAGCACAAUCUCUUCCUUACCAACUGUUUCUUGCAGUGCCUGCUUUUACUAAAUGUGAAAUCCAUCUCGUGGCAUUUAACUAUGCACAAAGGAUAACUUCUAUAAUUCUGUUUAAUUUUGCUAAUGGGUUAAGUAUUCACCCACAUAGAAACAGGCUGAAGUUUUAAGAAUGCUUUUCUGAAUUGGCAUGGUUUUUAAUGUCAACUACUCUAAAUGGAUGUGAUGUAGUUAAUUCACAUUCAUUCACUUAAAAUUCAGAUUAAUUAUAUCUAACAAAGGGAAAUUUCCACUUUUCUGAUACUACCACCCUGUGCUGAAUUUAAACUGCUUAGGUGCAGUAACUACAGUAUGACUGACCAAUCAAACUUACACAAUUCCCACUUUGUCUCUACCUAGGUAUGCAUCAUUAAUAAGCUUUAAAUGCUAAGCCUGGUAUAUGCAAGGUGUGGAGAUACAAUUUGGCUGACUUCUAAGAUAUUUUUGGUCUGUCAGCUUGGUAGGAGCUGGCCCUUUUUUACAUAAAAAAAUGGGUGUUACUUUAUUUUUUGUAAAGUGAAUUUCAGUCUCUUCUGUUGAAGUUCAAAGGAGGUCCUUUUUCUGCACAUGUGUACAAUAAUAGACUUCAGUCUGCUAAUUCUUGCUUUGAUCUUGGCUGGGACUGUACACUGCAAGGAUCAGUUAUGGAUGCAUUGCCUGUAACAAUGCUAAUAAAGACUUUUCUGUAUGUUU